AUGGCUCCUCGUGUGUGGUUUAUCACCGGCUGCUCCUCCGGGUUUGGGUGGGAGUUAACCCUCGAAGCCUUGAGACGAGGCGAUAAAGUGAUUGCGACCGCUCGGAAGAUUGAAAAGAUUGGGAAGCUGAAGGAAGCUGGUGCUGAUAUAUUUGGACUUGAUGUCACAAGUAGUCUUGACGAUAUCAGGCGACUAGUCUGGGAGGCAUACAACAUCCAUGGACGCAUCGACAUUCUCGUCAACAACGCUGGAUACAUCCAACAAGGUGCCCUGGAGGAAGUAAGCCCUGAGGAAACCUACGCCCUCUUUAAUACAAAUGUAUUUGGCCCGUUGAACGUUAUUCGGGCUGUCCUGCCUUAUAUGCGCUCGCAACACUCCGGUGUCAUUGCCAAUACAUCUAGUGCCGGCUCUUGGACAAACACUGUCGGAGGAGGCCUGUACUCCGCGACAAAAACGGCCCUUUCAGGCGCCACAGAGACCCUCCGUGUGGAACUAGAACCGUUCGGAAUCUCUGUUACCUCUCUCGAGCCUGGUGACUUCCGGUCGAAUCUACUGGCUGCAGGUCAUCGAUUCGCUGCACUACAUCCGAUCCCAGACUACGAUAACACCCCCACCAGAGCCGCAAUCGAAGAAAGCAAUAACCAAGAUCACAAACAACCUGGAGAUCUAGUGAAGGGUAGCAAAAUUAUUGUCGAUAUUCUUACGCAGACCGGUUGUGCCGCGGGCCGGCGGAUCCCUGUUCGAGUCGCUCUGGGCGCAGAGGCCUGCCAGCUGAUGAGGAAUAAGUGCAACGACACUUUGGCUCUUCUGGACGAGUGGAAAGACGUCGUUAGCAACACUAACCAUGACGACGUCCUGCCGACGCCAUGA